CUGAGGCUGGGACCGGGAGCGGGACAGCGGCGGAGAGAGGUUGUCGGGUUGUCCAGGCUCAUCUCCUAACUUGCUGUUUACCCUGGAGAAGCUCUUGACAUGAAAACCAUGGCAGCCAUCAGGAAGAAGCUGGUGAUCGUGGGGGACGGUGCCUGCGGGAAGACGUGCCUGCUGAUCGUCUUCAGCAAGGACCAGUUCCCCGAGGUCUACGUGCCCACUGUGUUCGAGAACUACAUUGCUGACAUCGAGGUAGAUGGGAAGCAGGUGGAGCUGGCCCUGUGGGACACGGCAGGGCAGGAGGACUACGACCGGCUGCGGCCCCUCUCCUACCCGGACACGGAUGUUAUCCUCAUGUGCUUCUCCAUUGACAGCCCAGACAGCCUCGAGAACAUCCCUGAGAAGUGGACACCAGAGGUGAAGCACUUCUGCCCCAACGUGCCCAUCAUCCUGGUGGGGAACAAGAAGGACCUGCGGAAUGACGAGCACACGCGGCGGGAGCUGGCCAAGAUGAAGCAGGAGCCCGUGAAGCCAGAGGAAGGGAGGGACAUGGCCAACAGGAUCAACGCCUUCGGCUACCUCGAGUGCUCGGCCAAGACGAAGGAGGGGGUGCGGGAGGUCUUCGAGAUGGCCACGCGUGCGGGGCUGCAGGUGCGGAAGAACAAGAGGCGCAGGGGCUGCCCUCUGCUGUGA